GAUCCGCGCAUUGCUCACUUUAUAGCGCGCUGUGCGUUAUCAGGGAUUCCCACAAUGCACCUGUGCUGUUGAGGAUAGUGGAGUCGGUUUGGGACGCGUCCAGGUUGGAAAACACUACGGUGGUGUUUAUGUGACGGAAUGUGGGCGCAUCGUGACUCAACGAGCAAAAAAACUCGUUCAGCUGUUUAUUAAAAUCCGUAACGUAAGCGCCAAACACACACAUACACACGGUGCUCGUGACUGUCAGAUGUAGGGAACAGUACGUAGGGAUUAGGGCGCCAUUUGGAAUGCGACGCACGAGAGCAUAACAUGGACCAGCGUUAGAAACGGACGCGCUCGCGCCUCUGCACCGGACAGAACAGGGAGAAUGUGGCGCUCGGUAACGGAGGCGUGCCGCGGCCUCGCGCUGUCCGUGUGGCUCGUGUCGCUGUGCUCGGUGCGCGCGCCGUGCCUGGACUUCGCGGCGGAGAAGGAGGAGUGGUACACGGCCUUCGUCAGCGUCACAUACGUGGACCCGGACACAGCGCAGCUGCGCACCGAGAAGAGCGAGUGCGGUCACUACGGAGAGCAUUCUCCCAAGCGCGACGCCAAGGGCUUGCUCGCCACGGCGGCGUCGGCGCGCGAGCGUCACGCCUGCGACCCCAACACGCGUUUCGCUGUUCCCGACCGAGCCGGCUCGUGGAUCGCCCUGGUCACGCACGGAAACUGCACAUUCAGGGAUAAAAUCCGCCACGCGUCCGGACAGAACGCUUCCGCCGUGGUCAUCUUUAACGUCGGGGCUUCCAACGCCAAUGAGACCAUCACCAUGCCACAUCCGGGUACGGGUGACGUGGUGGCGAUCAUGAUCCCCGAGCACAAAGGCCGUGAGCUGGUGCUGUUACUGGAGAGGAACGUGACGGUGAACAUGCACAUCACCAUCGGGACGCGCAACCUGCAGAAGUACGUGAGCCGGACGUCCGUCGUCUUCGUCUCCAUCUCCUUCAUCGUCCUCAUGAUCAUCUCGCUGGCAUGGCUCGUCUUCUACUACAUCCAGAGGUUCAGAUACGCCAAUGCCCGAGACCGCAACCAGAGGCGACUCGGUGAUGCAGCUAAAAAGGCCAUCAGUCAGCUCCAAGUUCGAACCAUCAGGAAAGGAGACCAGGAGACGGAGUCAGACUUUGAUAACUGCGCUGUGUGUAUCGAAGGCUACAAACCUAACGAUGUGGUGCGAAUUCUCCCCUGCAGGCAUGUCUUCCAUAAAGGCUGUGUGGAUCCUUGGCUGGUGGACCAUCGCACGUGUCCCAUGUGUAAAAUGAACAUCCUGAAAGCGCUCGGGCUCAUGUCGAGUGCAGAAUGCCUUGACGAGCUUCCUCUGGACUACGACCUGGCCGUCGGAGGCGUGGCCCUGAAUGCCAUGGUGAUGAGCGAUGAUGUCCUGGCCGGUGACAUCACAGGGGGGCGUGACCCUGGCGUGAGGAUGGUGGGUCUCCCUCAGGUCCUCCUAGACUCGGAGCCCAUCACGGAGGACACCUUGCUGACUGAGCAGAGUGAACUUCAGCCAAUAGUGAGCAGCGCUUCAGAAGCAUCACUCGCUGAAGGGGCGGGGCAGUAUGAUAUGGACGCAGACAGCAUGGAAUGCCACCUGAGUAGCAGACGCACCUAGCCGAUGACGUCACUGCCUGCUGCGUUCCUACCCUUUACUCUUCCUGUGUGUCUGGUGUUUGAAACGCACCAGUUGCUCUGUCUCUGCUGGUUUACUUCAGAGUGUACACUCGAGUGCCGUAUAUUCCGGAUUAUAAGACAUGGUUUAACCGUAUAGCAGGUGCUGGGGGUGGAUCAUUUCACAAUUAGCCUCAUGUGGAUUAUAAACCACCACAUGGCAUUCAGCUUCGUAUGUGAAACGUGUACACACCAACCACCCCUAUACUGAAACAUAGACAAUAGCUGAGCGCUUUUCCAUGUGAAAUAUGCAAGAAACGGACAUUUUUAUUUUUAUUCUUAAUUUACUGAGCUACUCAAACUGUUAAUUUUUUUUUUUAAAAACACUGGUUGUAAUCUUUUAUUAGCAUUAUCUAAGUUAUUGAUAUAUCGCUUUAGCGGACGAUUUAAGCUGAGAAACUUGACAGAUCCACGGUUAAACAUGGGCCAGCUAGCUCGAAACUAGCUGUUUAUCUUUAGCUAAUGCACACCAAUGGCCUCCCGUUGUAACAGCAAAAUAACACUAGCUAGCUAGCUAGCUAGCUAGCUUUUAUUUCUUUCUUUUUUUUUUCUUUUUUUUUUUAGAAAUGUAUGCUUUUUAAUCCAUUUUUAUCAGGCGGAUAUGUGUGAUGUCCCAUGACCUUUGUCUAAGAAGCGUAGCCGACGGCUAAUUGAACAGAAAAUACGGCGUGUGUCUCAACCAGCGCUCAAGUUCUGUAGGGUGGUGAAUCAGUGUAUGGUGUACACUCAAUUUCCGGCGACAUGACUACAUACUCGUGCUGUAAAACAUCACCAAAAGUUAAAAACUUAACAAUAUCUAAGUUUUAUAUGUCGUAUAAAUUUGUUAAUGUAAUCACACGUAGUUUUGUCAUAAUAUGUCAAGCAGGAUCAAACAAACCACGUAUAGAACGUCAAAGUUGAGUAUCAUUUGAGAGCCACGAUUACAAGCUACUUACAUUUGUAGACGCAGUUGGCUGAGAGUUCAUUCCUCAAUUUUGUUUCGAGCUGAGACACUUCAGAAAACAUGAUGUCUUUUCCAGUAAGGGAACAUGGUGCAUCGAUGCUCCUGGGUUUUGCGGUGCAUUGUGGGAUUUUUCUAGGGAGGGAACACUUGUGAUCGAGACAGCCCUUAAAAUGGCCGCCUGCCUGAUCAGUGCCCUGACUGCUGAACUAUGGAGCUGAUUGAGACGCACCCAUGGUGACAACACAGACCAGCACAGUUAGCUCAACUAAGUAUAAAUGCAGUCGUAGUUUGGAGGUAGCAAUGCUAACGUAACCAAAUGACGCGGUCGGUUUUGCACUCGAUAACGUGAAGUAAAAAGAGAUAAUGUCACUACAGGCUUCCUUCUUCCUUUCCACGUAUUCUUCCUGUGUAGCUGAUAAAUGGAUAUUUAGCAUAAAUCUCGCCUUAAUUUACGACACAAGUUAGCUAGAGAGAUUACUAUUUGCUAACUGUAGGUUGGCUAUGCUUCUUACGUUUAGGUCACGUGACACGCACGGGUCUUAUGCUAAUGAAUUGGCUAAUAUUUUAAAAAUGUUAAAGUUUUCAGCUAUUAAAACACUAUGUAGCUCAGCAGGAGGAUCGCGCCAGGUGUUAUAGUCCGGAAAAUACACUACACUAGUUAGUUUUCAGCAGACAGUUGACUUUCACUGCCUUCAAGUCCUUCUCGGAAGUGUGUAUGUCACGAGUUUGAAGUAUGAUGUGAUGUGCGUUGAAGUGGUUGUGGGGGCGGAAACAAUAUGGAUGCCAUGGAAAAUGGCGUUUUUUUUGUUUUGUUUUAUUGUUCUGUCAGAUGAGAGGGCGAAUAUAUUUUGCAACAAAAUGAACUGAAUAGUGGUAUUUUUAUUUUAUUUUUUUAACCCAGUUUAGUAUUAUUCACAUGUUUCUGGAGGAUGAUUGUAGUAAUCUGAUCGAUUUGUACAUUAUAAGCAAUCCGUAUGAAUCGCAGACGUGGGUGUGGCUUCACCAGAUGCGCUCGUCAUGCUAAAAAUUCCAUCCGUACUACUACACCACACCUUAUUUUAAUACCAACGUAUUGUUUUGAUCCGUAUCGUAAGCGCUCGUUGUAGGGGGCGUGGCCUUGCACAUCACGCUUGUUUGUUAGUAGGUCACGUGACCAUCACGUAUCUGUAAGCUAUACCUGCGCUCGAAACUUUCUGCUUCUCUUUAUUAUUCUGUUUUAAACCAGACUUCGCUUUUCUAUCCUCUUUGAAAGCCAACAUUUCCUGUAGUGUCUCUUACUUUUUAAUUGUUUUGAUUGUUACCACACCUCCACCCGUUAAACUAAUCCCGUCCGAAUAAAGCUUCAUCCACAUCUAUGUCUAUCAUUUCUUCAAAUCUGUGUUCAAAUUGUUUUCUCGACACGCCCACAACACGUCAACGUGUGUUUUGUUGGGUUUUUUACUUCUCUCCAUAGAAAAAUCCGACGCUAAUCUCAUAAUUCCGACGUUUCCGUCAGGACUUGAAGGCCGAACUCGUUCUGCUCGACAAUCAGCUCGCUUUUCGAUUCCUACGUGGAAUUUUCUUCCAUUCCGUCUUCUACCGAACCGAGUGGAUUGAGGAAGGGGGACAUUUUAACAUUUCAGAAAGGAAAUAAAAAAAAAAAAGCAGUGUUUUAUUUUUCUAUAGAAGUGCACUUGAAGUGUGGACGAGUGCAGUGUUUCAAAGACGCUUCGGGAUGAUCGAAAUGGCCACGUUUAUUUAAAAAAAAAAAAAAAAAAAAAAAAAAAAAAAACAUGCCAAACUCGUGACUGGAGAGUUUUUUUGCUCGUGUCAUGUUUUUUUUCUUUUCUUUCCCCAGAAAGUGCUCUUGACCUCAUGGACCACAGCAUUUCAUACGCCUAGAGCAUGACAGCAAGCCUUUGCACACGUGUUUGUAUGUGAUUGGAUUCCAUUGAACUUUGUAUGUUGGUUUUUGUUUCCUCUGCACGAUAAUUUUGUUGUAUAUUGUAAAUAGAGGCAUUUUGUCAAA